UCCUUAAAAAGGAGACCCAACGUAACCUCACAUGCAAAGCCUACUCCCUUCCGGCUCAUAAGAAGCACCGCCCGGGCAGAUGCCUUCCCCAUAGGGAUCAGCUCGAGCAAGAGCUCAGACAGAGUCUCCACUCCCCCCCCACUCCCUGAGAUGGCAUCGGGUUGGACCGCGAAGGAGAACAAGACGUUCGAACGGGCCCUCGCGGUGUACGACAAGGACACCCCCGACCGCUGGCACAAUAUCGCCCGGGCCGUCGGCGGGAAGACGGCGGAGGAAGUGAAGCGCCACUACGAUCUGCUCGUGGAGGACAUUCGCCGCAUCGAGGCUGGCCAAAUGCCGUACGUCCAUUACAAGUCCCCCGGCAGCAGAGGUUGAAGUAUUUGGAGCUUAAUUGGAGCACAAACUAGCAUGCAGUUGCUUUGUCUAUGUGAAGCAAUAUGGCCAUUUCUCUUCUCUGGGCAUCAGUUAUUAGAAUGUUAUUCGACUAUAUGAAGACCAAAUCUCUCUGAACUCAGUAUCAGUUUCUCUUAUUUAGUUUUCUUUCUCCCUUCUAUCAUGUACUCUAUAGAGACAUCGUACUCUUUAAAGGCUACCGUUAUUAUAGGCAUAAGAGGUAUGCUUGCUUUGUAAUAUUUGGCUUAUAUAACCAUACCGAGUUACAUUA